AUGCCGAAGCGGCAAUUGUGCCAGCAGUGCAAGUCGUACGAUGAGGGCGCCGAGGACCCACGCGACAAGCAGUGGUACUGCAAUUCUUGCUGGACGGCCUACAACAAUGUCAACAAGGACAGUAAUGUCAACAAAAAGAACAACAGCAAUAACAACAAAAAUGUCUCUAGUAGCAGCGGCGGCAACAACGGCGGCCGUCGCGGCGCGGACAAGACGCCGAAGAAUGAUCAGAAGCUCGGCCGAAAAGGGGCCGCUGCUGGUAACACGACAGUUAGCUUGAACAUCGAAGUGCAGGAUGCUGUUCGCCGUCUGCACGGCAUGUACGCAAGUUGCGCCCAUAGUUCUUCACAUAUCCCCGGUGCCCACGCGACAAGCCUGUUAGAAGACGUGCUGGUUCUGCUGCACGACGACGCGGGAGGCCGGCAGCGCGCAAGCUCCUUCGCUGGGCAGCUGAUGCAGCGGCAGCAGACCGUCGCGGUGGCUGCGCACUCCGGCGAGCCACUGUCCCCACGCGGCGACCGUGUCGGGUGCGUGGGCCGCUCCGCCUACCAGGAGAGCCGCAAGGUGCCACUCGACAUGCUGCUCUCCAGUGUGGACGAUAUCGUCUCACAGAUAUACGUCCACUUCGACGAAGACAUGACGCAGAUUAUCCUCAACGCUCUGGACAAGGUCACCGCGUGUGACACACAGAGGCAGCGUGACGCGGCGCGGGUGCGUGUCGUUGACGAACUCCUGCAGACGCUCGGCGACGAGCACUACGACCUCCUGCAGUGUGUGAUGCACCGCCCACGCGACAUCUUCCUCCGGCUGCUGGAGGAGUUCUGCACCCUCGAGGAUGACGAUAGUAGCAGCAACAACAAUAACAGCUCCGCCGCCUUGCCGCAGCACGCACUGACAGUCCGCUUUGUCAAGACAGCGAAACAGCGAUCGGAGAUGCGGGAGGUGGCGUUCGCCCACAACGGCGCGGCGACAGACCAACGCUGGCUAGCCCACAUGACGCAGCGUUACCGGCAACUGAUGCAGGAGUCGGAGCUGGACGAGAUCUUCAAGCGCGAUCUCAGCGUCGGUGGCUCAUCGGUGCCGAGCGGUGCCACCGUGACGCAGAAAAAAGAUCACAUACGCAUCCACGUCCCACCUCCGGUGCAGAAGGUGCUGCCGGAGGCUCAGCGCGUGUGCGUCGCCACAUCGCUACCGGAGUGGACACACCCCGCAUUCCUCACGAUUAAACACUUGAACACCAUACAAACCUCNCUCUUCCGUACCGCAUUCCAUACGUCGCAGAACAUGCUCGUGUGUGCGCCGACAGGGGCAGGCAAGACAGUGUGCGCACUGCUCGUAAUGCUGCGCUGCAUCGAGGAACACUUUGUCGAGGGGAAACUGGACCGAAACUUCAAGAUAAUCUUUGUCGCUCCAAUGAAGGCGCUUGCUCAGGAGAUGGUGGAGAACUUCUCGCGCCGCUUAGCCCCCUUUGCAAUGGAGGUGCGUGAACUGACUGGUGACAUGCAACUUACCAAGCGCGAGGUUGCACAGACGCAGGUCAUCGUGACAACGCCAGAAAAGUGGGACGUCAUCACACGUAAGCAAAGCAACGAAGACCUUGUGCAACAGGUCCGUUUAAUCAUCAUUGACGAGAUCCACUUGCUGAACGAGGACCGCGGACCAGUUCUGGAGGCCAUUGUGGCGCGGACGCUCCGCCAGGGUGAGCUCAAUACGGAUCAACAGCAACCCACGCGCCUUGUCGGUCUAUCCGCCACGCUGCCAAAUUACAAGGAUGUGGCAAAUUUUCUGCGCGUUGAUCUGCAGGAGGGGCUGAAGGUAUUCGGCCCGGAGUACCGCCCGGUGCCGCUCGAGCAAACCUUUGUUGGACUGCACAACAACACCAAGGACAAGGAGCGCCAGCUUGACAGGCUUGCAUACAAUGAGGUGGUCCGCAACGUGCGGGAGGGGCACCAAGUGAUGGUCUUUGUCCACUCACGCAAGCAGACAGUGGGGCUUGCCAAGUACUUCAUCGAGGAGGCGAAGAAAUUCUCACAGGAGAGCCUAUUCAAACCAAGCGGCACUCUGCCAAAGGAAGUGGUGACACGCGGACGCAACCUGCAGGGUCGGGAUCUUUCAGAUCUGUUUCUUGCCGGCUUCGGCGCCCAUCAUGCCGGUCUCGUGCGCUACGACCGCACUGCAACAGAAGGGUUGUUUCGCGACGGCUACAUCAAGGUCCUGGUGUGCACUAGCACCCUCGCGUGGGGCGUUAAUCUGCCGGCGCACACCGUAAUCAUUCGUGGUACUCACUUGUAUGACCCGAAGCGUGGCGGCCUCGUGCCCAUCUCUGUCCUUGACGUGAUGCAGAUAUUCGGCCGAGCUGGCCGACCACAGUACGAUACAAGCGGCCACGGUAUCAUUGUGUCGGACGAGAAGGAUGUCGGGCAUUAUCUCCGACUGCUCGCCAACGCCCUCCCCAUCGAGAGUCAGCUGCAGAAGUGCCUGUGCGACCACCUCAACGCGGAGAUCCACGCCGGCACCAUUUCCUCCAUCGUGGAGGGCAGCCGGUGGCUGGAGUACACCUACCUCUGGCAACGUGUGCGGGUAAACCCGCUGCUGUAUGGAAUAAAAAUUGCCGACGUGCGACGAGACCCUAAACUCAAGACGGUGCGGUACGAACUCGUCAGCAACGCCGCAGAGGAACUGGCAAAUGCUAGCAUGAUUCGCUACAAUCCACAGACUGGAUCUGUUGACACAACAGACUUGGGUCGAAUUGCAAGUUACUACUACAUUUCCCACGAGUCCAUCGCGACUUUUAACCUUAAGAUGCGGCGUCCUGACGAGUCGUGGAUUGAAAGCCUCGACAUGGGCGCCGCUAUGAACAUUGUCGCGUGCGCGAAUGAGUUUGAGCAGUUGCGCGUGCGGCAAGAGGAGUUGGAUGAACUGAAGAAGAUCCACGCCUCGUUACCAAAGCAGGUGCAGCGAUAUGCCAUUGUCGGUGAGAGUGCUGAUGAGACUGGUGUGGAGUGGAAGGUAACAACACUCAUGAAGGCGUUCAUUAGCCGGAUUCAUAUUGACAUGCAUUCCCUCGCCUCUGAUGUGAACUAUGUGAUGCAAAAUGCGCCUCGUAUUGCUCGUGCACUCUUCGAAAUUGAGAUGCAGCGCGGUCACCCGCUUACCACCGCUGUGUUUCUGUCACUCUGCAAGUGUAUGGAGCAGCGCUGCUGGGAAUUCGACCACCCACUCAUGCAGUUCAACGUGGAUUUUACCGAUGCUGUCAUUGCAAACCUUGCAAAGAGGCGCCCGAGUAUGACGCUGCUGCAGGAGAUGACUGCGCGGGAGAUUGGCUCUAUUGUACACAACCAACGUUUUGGCGGUGUGAUUGCCAAUCUUGUUGCCUCAUUUCCAGCCGUAACACUGACUGCGGACGUGCAGCCAGUCACACGCACAAUUUUGCGUGUUAAGGUGACUAUCACGGCGACAUUCACGUGGAAUACCCGCUACCACGGCUCCACCGAGCAGUUUUGGUUGCUCGUUGAGGAUCAGGACAACCACUUCAUCUUCCACCACGAGCUGAUCUCGCUGAAGCGUAAGGAGGUGGAAGCGGGCACGCCACUGGUGGUGAAUCUCUCCGUUCCUAUUCUGCCGGAGUAUGACAUGUACUCCGUGCGGCUCUACAGCGACCGGUGGAUCGGAUGCCGUGAAGAAUUUACCUUCUCCAUUGGACACCUGCACCUGCCGGAUGACACGCAGUCGACUACCACGCUGCUGCCGCUCGCGCCACUCCGUCUGGAGGUGAUCCCGGCACAGUACCACCCCAUCUACGAAGGGUUUCCACAGUUCAAUGCGGUGCAGACGCAGGUAUUCCACGCCAUGUUCCACACCGAUAGCAGCAUCUUCUUAGGCGCACCUACCGGGAGUGGAAAGACUGUUGCGGCAGAGAUGGCAAUACUGCGCGUCUUUGAGAACUACCCGCCGGGGUCAAAGAUCGUGUACAUUGCCCCACUCAAGGCGCUCGUAAAGGAACGCGUGAAGGACUGGACGACGCGCUUCGACCGCCGCCUUGGCCGCCGCGUGGUGGAGCUCUCCGGCGAUGUGACACCAGACAUCUCGGCGUUGGUGCAGGCUGAUAUUCUGUGCACCACGCCGGAGAAGUGGGACGGUCUCUCACGUAACUGGCAGGUGCGCCGCUACGUGACGGCGGUGCGUCUCGUCAUCUUCGACGAAAUCCACAUGCUCGGUUCCGACCGUGGCCCAAUUCUUGAGGUAAUUGUGAGCCGUAUGCGCUACAUUGGCUGGCACCGCAAGGCGCCGAUCCGCCUCGUUGGGCUCUCUACUGCUGUUGCAAACCCAGCUGACCUCAGCUCGUGGCUCGGUGUGCAGAACAAGUGGGCGGUGUUUAACUUUGACCCCUCUGUGCGGCCGGUGCCGAUGCGAGUGUUCAUUGCCGGUUAUCACGGCAAGAAUUACUGUCCGCGCAUGGCGGCAAUGAACAAGCCUGUGUACAACGCAAUCUGUGAGAAGAGCCCCAACAAGCCUGUGAUUGUUUUUGUUUCCUCGCGUCGGCAGACGCGGCUGACGGCAAUGGCACUCAUCGGCUACCUGCUGAUGGAGCAGAACACCGCCAAGUUUGUGCGCAUGGACACAGAUGAGGUGGCCACCCUCGUGGCGCGUGUCAGCGACCCGUACGUGAAGCACUGCAUGCAGUUCGGCGUUGGUGUGCACCACGCCGGCCUGCUGGAGAAUGACCGCACAACAGUGGAGUCCGCAUUCCUCACAGGGAAGCUGCAGAUCCUUGUGGCGACCUCGACGCUCGCGUGGGGCGUCAACUUCCCCGCGCACAUGGUGGUGGUGAAGGGGACGGAGUACUACGACGGCAAGACCAAGACGUACAUCGACUACCCCAUCACCGAUGUGCUGCAGAUGAUCGGCCGCGCCGGCCGACCGCAGUUCGACGUCGACGGCGUUGCCCAGGUGCUGUGCCACGAGCCCAAGAAGGGGUUCUACCGCAAGUUCCUCUACGAGCCGUUCCCGGUGGAGAGCGCGCUGCACAAGCAGCUGCAUGUGCACAUCAACGCUGAAAUCGUCGCCGGCACCAUCACGACGCGGCAGGACGCGGUGGAUUAUCUGACGUGGACGUAUCUGUUCCGCCGCCUCGUCAAGAACCCGUCGUACUACGGCGUGGAGGAUCGCUCGCCCAAGUCCGUCACCAUUUUCCUCUCCAUGCUCGUCGCCGGCGUCCUCGACGAGCUCGAAGCGUGCGGCUGCAUCGAGUCGCCUGAAAGUGACGACGACGACGACGACGAUGACGACAACAACAAUGGUGCUGGCGGCAGCGGAGGGAAUGACAAGGACCCCAACGCGCUGACAUGCACCGUCCUCGGGAGGCUCUGCUCGUACUACUACCUCUCGCACAAGACGGUGCGCUACUUUGAUGCGCACCUCGACGCAGACAGCUCGCACAUCGACGUGCUCACAGCACUCUCUGAGGCGGAGGAGUUUAACGAGCUUCCGGUCCGGCACAACGAGGAUAAACUCAACGUCACCCUCAGCCAAAGCCUGCCGCUGCCCAUAAAUACAAAUAACGCGGAGUCGCCGCAUGUGAAGGCGUUCCUGCUCUUCCAGGCACACUUUGAGCGCAGCAGUUUGCCCAUUUCUGACUAUUACACUGAUCAGCGGUCGACGCUCGACAAUGCGGUGCGUGUAGUGCAGGCGAUGGUGGACAUCGCGGCGAACAACGGGCACCUCUACACCGCGCUGCGAUGCAUGUCGCUGCUGCAGUGCAUAGUGCAGGGGUUGUGGUGGCACUCUAGCACGCUACUGCAGAUCCCGCAUGUGACGGAGGCCAUGCUUCCCACUAUAAAAGCACGCUGCAGUGGCAUCGAACACGCAGCGCAGGUGGCAAACAGUCCGCUCUCCACACUGCAGACGAUGCAAGGUGUUCUGCGCGACGACUGCGGCCUCACUGCGGCGCAGCUGCGUGAAGCAAUGGAGGCGGUCGUCGGUUUCCCCCUCAUUGAUGUCCGACUAACCCUCUCCCGCAUCCUCGAGGGGGAGAAGAAGAAGAAUAACAACACUGAUGAUUUUGCUGCUGGUGGCGACGGCGCACAGGCGGAGCAGGGAGAGGCAAUGGAGGAGGCGGCGUACGAGUUGGCGGUGCAUCUGACGCGUCUCUCUGUGGCCAGCAAGCACGCCGUUGCCCCACGCUUUACCAAGGCGAAGGACGAACAGUUCUGGCUUGUGCUCGGCAACGAGGCAACAGGUGAGCUGAUUGCGAUGAAGCGCGUGAAUCGCCUGUCGACGCGUGUCACGACGACGCUGUGCUUCGAGUGGGACGAUGAGUGGGCCGAAUUUGCUGAGGGCGGCACGGUGACACUCAACCUGUACGUGGUGUGCGACUCGUACAUUGGCCUUGACCAGCAGCACAGCUUCCGGGUGCCGGCGCCGACCAACAGGUGGUAG